CGCUAGAAAAGAUCUAAUGAAAAUAAUUAAAAAAAAAGAAGUUAAAAUUAACCUCGGACACACUAACCUAAAAAUAACACUAAACGUCAAAAUGUCAACUGUUAUUGUUGGUGGUGGAUUGUCCGGUCUUUCAGUCGGUUAUUAUUUACUGAAAAAAUUUCCUAAACAGCCAGUAACACUAUUGGAAGCCUCGAAUCGCCUAGGGGGCUGGAUAAAAACUAAUUCGUUGGAUAACAAUGUCAUUUUUGAAGAAGGUCCACGAACAAUUAGGCCCCACGGACCAGCCGCCGCAAACACCCUGUCCUUGAUUGAAGAGAUUGGUUUGGCAAAAGAAGUUUUACCGAUUUAUUCAACACAAUCCGCAGCUAAAAAUCGUAUGAUAUAUGUUAAUGGGCAGUUGCACCUACUUCCCUCUUCUGCAGGAAGUUUAUUUAAAACAAUACCACCCUUUACGAAGCCUUUGGUUAGGUAUCUAGCACAAGAUUUAUUUGCUUUUAAAAAGAGCGUUAAAGAUGAAUCUAUUUAUGACUUUACAAAGAGGAGAUUUGGAACCGAGUUUGCCGACUAUUUAAUAAGUUCGAUGAUAUGUGGUAUUUGUGCUGGCAAUGCUAAAGAGAUAAGUGUAAAUUUCUUAAUGAAAACUUUGUUUGACUACGAACAAAAAUAUGGAAGCAUAUUUAGGGGACUAAUAGGCAAUCUUUUUAAGUCUAAGUCCAACAAAUCUACCCUUAGUGAACUAGCUAUAAGAUCUAAAAAAGAACGCUGGAGUGUCUAUUCGUUUAAAAAUGGUUUGGAGAGCCUUACACAAAGAUUAGAAAUGUCUUUGAAAAACAAGAUAUCAGUAGAAUUGAACACAAGAUGUACCAACGUAGAGAUUGCUUCCAAUAAAAUAUUUUUGCAGCUAAAUAAUGGAAAAUCCAUAGAAGCAUCCAAAGUAAUCAGCUGUAUUUCUUCAGAAAACUUAGGAGAAUUAUUAAGAAAUCAACAUCCAGAAUUAUCUUCACUUUUAGACAGUAUUGAAAGUGUUACUGUAGGUGUCGUUAAUUUACAGUACGACCAAAAACUGAUAAUACAAGAAGGAUUUGGUUUCUUAGUUCCUCCUAGAGAAAACCUUCCGAUACUGGGUGUUACUUACGACAGUUGUUGUUUUCCUAAAGGGAACAACACAGUACUGACAGUGAUGAUGGGUGGUGCCUGGUUUGAACAACUUUUUGGUAAAAACCCCAGCCCAGAUGUACUCUUACAAACUGCUAAGGAACAAAUAAGAUCGAUAUUAAAUAUUAAUGAAGAACCAGUAAGGUCCAAAGUGAGCAUACUUGAAAAGUGCAUUCCUCAGUAUAGGGUUGGACAUAACGAAACUGUAGAAAGGAUUAAUCGGUAUAUUGAUGAUAAAAAGUUACCUCUGUAUCUCUGUGGGUCCUCCUACUAUGGUGUUGGUGUUAAUGAUGUAAUUUUAUCUGCGAAAAAUGCUGUAGACAAAAUUGUUUAAUAAUUGAAAACUGAGUAUCAGGUUCUGGCACAAUAAAGAUUUAACACAUUAACUGCGGGACAAGGUGUAUUUGAACCCAUUAAUGUUCUUCGUAUAUGGCAAAAUCAAUUUUUAUAAGGCUUCACAUAUGGUGGAGUGAGGUCUAAGAGACCUCGUCAGAAACCCUGAAGAGGUUAAAAUGUAUUUUUGGCAAUUGUCUUGUUAUAAUAAAUGGAAACUGAAUAUUUUUAUAGAAAUUCAUUGUAAAACUGUCAAACAAUAUUCCUUUCUCACAGUUCCUUGAUGGUAAUAAAAAAAUCAUAAUUAAGUUCCAUGAAAAUUUUAUAAGAUUUUUAUUGAAAUAAAACUCAAAAUUUUGUAAAAAAGAAAGUGAAAUUCAUGAAUUAUACAUUGUUCAUUUUUGGCCACUAUCGGCCGACCGUCUUCUAUUGAUGUCACAAUGAGAGUGACCACUGUUAUAAUACAUAUGUUUAUAAUGGGUUGUUGUCGAGAUUUUUGUGUGAUUAAAGUGGACUAGUAGGCUCUUUAGUGUGAAAGAAUUAUUAUUAUUAACCCCUUAAUGUUUUGAUUUAAAAAUUAGUUCAUUUAAAGAAAACUGAAGGAUAUCUUAAAAUAACAAAAUAUUUUUAGAAAUAUUUUGUACUAUUCAAAAGCAGGGCCUAUUUUACCACCAGGCCCGUGAGGCACCUGCCUCGGGCCUACAUUUUAAUGGGGCCCGGAAAGAAAGUGUUUUAUUGCAAUAUCAAAAUUAUUUCAUUUUAUGAACAGAAAAUGAUAAAUGAUGACUCCACUGUUGAUUUUCAAGCGACUUCACCUGUCACAAGUACAUCUCCGUCAUCUCCUAUAGAAAACGACAAUGUCAAUAACUCUUUUCCUAGCGAUAUAGGGAAUUGGCCAAAACAUUUAAAUCUGGAAUUUCAAUAAUAUUUUAUAAAUAAUCGGCCUACUCAAUAUAUUGAUAAAAUUAGUGAAUGAGUUACACAACUGGAUAAUAACAAAAGGAGACAUUUGCAAAUUGCGAUUUUUUUAUAAAAUGAAAGCUAAUGGGAAAAAAUUCUUCGCGAGUGGUUAGAGUACAGUCCUAAAUAUAGCAGUGUUUUUUGUUACGUUUGUAAACUGAUUUCCACGAAAAUUAUUGUUCUUUUAACUUUCAAUGCUUAUAAUGACUGGAAAAAUAUCAAUAGGACAGUUAUUCAAUAUGAGCGAUCUCCGGAACAUAUUUCAUAAUUGGUAAUUUAGUCAAGAGAAGUAGUAAUUACAGCAGGACAAAUUGUAACAUUAAUGAAAAACAGUUAUUUAGAAGAAAAUGAACAUUGGAGAAACGUUCUUCAACAAAUAAUAGCAACCAUUCAAUUUUUUUCCAAGAAUGGUCUACUCUUUUCUGGUUCAAGAACCAAAUUAUUUACAAAUAAAAGGAAAUGACAUAUAUACAGUGUGUCGCAUUUAAGAUAAAGACAGCCCUAUAUUUUGGCUAUCAAAACAAAUACAGACUUAAAAUUUUGCAGAGUGAUACAGGUUGAAUGUUCACACUUUUUAUGAGCUGAAAUUUAAAUUUUAAACGCAGCCUACUGCUUGCUAAUACUGCUACUCCACAAACAGGAUAAAUUUUCGAUAUUUUCCUUCACGUUAGAGAUAUCGGAAAAAGUUAUGUGAAAAAGUUGUUCCAAAUAUGAUUGUAACCCCACAUACCAAAUUUCAUGACAAAAUUGCCACUUUUAGUUUUUUCAACAUUUGUAAUCAGUGCCCUAAAACUUAAAAUUGACUUGCCCGACAUGCAUCUCGGGACAACUGAGAUGAAUUUUAGGGUCCUGACUACACAUACUACAAAAACUAAAAGUGCGAAUUUUUUCAUGCAAUUUGCUAUGUGGGGUUAAAAUAAGAAUAGAUAAAAAUUUAAAUUUCUGGUGCAACUAUAUUUCUAUUCUAUUCUAUUCUAUUCUAUUAAUUCAUAUAAAAAAGUUAUUACAUAUUAUCAUUAAAUCAUAUUUAGGGGCCCGAAAAUUGUGCAGUGCCUCGGGCCUGAUUUGAAGUAAAAUAAAUAGGCUCUGUUCAAAAGUGAUAUUAACUGAUUAAUUAGUUCUUUAAAUCAGAAGAUCAAGACUGUUGAGAAAGUAACAAACAUUUUUAUAUUUAUAAGAACGUUAUUCCAAAUAAAUUGUUAAGACUUUUGUCGCCUUGUAUAUUUUAUUAAAGAUUAAUAUUACUGAAA